AUGAUUUGCGUUAUUCUACAUUGUGAAAAUUCUGCAAAAGAAGAGGAGCACGGAUUAUGUAAUGCUCAUCUAAAUAUCUGGAAAGAGAGUCCAUCGUUAUUCCCUGGUAAUAUAAAAAUUCAAAACGUUUCAAAUCAUACAAAUUUAAUCGAAAUUCCAAAAAAGACGCAACUUUUUAAAGAGAUUGAAAAGAAAUUUUUUAAUGAUUGGGUGAAACCCAAUGCUGACGAUCUUCGAAUUGAAGCAAUCUAUAACAUUUAUUUGAAUCCAACGAUCGUCGAAAACUAUAAGGCUUAUCGUUUACAGGUUGAAUUAAGAGGAAAUUUCAAGGGACAAGGCCUUCCUGAAGGAAAUGAAAAAAUUUUGUAUCAUGGAACGGAUCAUAUUUGUCAAAUAAUUUCUGAUAAAACCCAUCAAAAUAAUUUGUGUAAAACUGAUAGAUGUGGUGGUUGCGGUAUAUUAAUGAAUGGAUUCGAUAUUUCUAAGGUGGGACAUAAUAACCAGCGCAGAACCUUUCAACGACUAGGUCAAGGACUUUAUUUUACCCCAUAUUCAUCAAAAGCACAUUUUUAUGGGCAUGGAGGUGCGAAAAAAUGUCCGAAGGAUAAUAGUAGAACUUGUAGAAUUAUGUUCAUGUCUAAAGUUGCCAUUGGUAAUCCCUGGGCACCACCAAAAGUGAGCCAAAACACGAGCUGUAUACCUGCAGGAUAUGAUAGUAUUUGGGGACGAAAAGGCCACUGCCCUCACGGCUCAGCCGUACUGAAUUAUGAGGAAUAUGCGAUUUAUCGACGUCACUCAGUUGGACCUAUUUUACCACCUCCUAUUCGUGAAUCUCAGGAAUACGAAUUCGAAAAAAUGUUAAUGUCAUCCGAUUUCUCCCAAUCUUUAGAUCCUCAAUGCUGUAAUAAAUCAAUUGUAACAGAAUUAAAUGAGUUAAAUAAAUUAUCCAAAAGAAAUGAUGGAAAUAAAAAUGAUUAUCUAGUUAUACAAUGUUCGAAGCAUCUCAAGAAGAAUACUCAUGAAAAAGAUUCAUCAAAAUGUGGAUUUGUGAAAUUUAUAAAUAAUUUUUGGAAAAAAAUAUUAAAGAGAAAAAAAAAUACUAAAGUUAUUUGUGGCAUUGGAAAAUGUUCAGAAACAGUUACGGUGAAAAGAAUAAAAGCUGGCAAAAAGAUGAUUGUUAAGCGAGUUACUAAAGAUAAACUUGGGUCCGAAGAUUAUUACAUAAAUGGUCAUCCGGCAAGUUCUUCCCCACUGAUAGAAUUACAAACAUCGUCAUCAUUAUCCAAUGAAAAUUCUAAUUUCGAAUUGCAACGUUCGUCUUCAUUAGUUUUAGAAGAUAAUCAUGAAUUGAUUAAUUCACCUCGUAAUUCUAUUGAUGAUUCUUCUUUAUCAAGUCUAUCAUUAAAAAUUCCUGUAGAAUUAAAAUUAAUGUUAUCUCAUAGUACAGAUGGACCUGAAUUAAUUACCUAUUUUGAUGAAGAUAAAUAUUAUUAUUAUAUUACUAAAAUGCAUGGUAUUAGAAAACGGAAAUGGAAAAAACCUAGAACUACUUCAAUUGCGGAAUAA